CUUCAGUGACGUCAUGAGUAAGCGACUGUCUUUGGUUUGUGUAUCGGCUGCUGAGCUAACAGCUGCACCAAUUGUGUUUUGUUUUUGUUUUGUCACCCAUGUGCUGUUGUUAUGAGCUCUCGGAGCGAUUCUCCGCCUUGAAGGUGCAUCUCACUGUAGGACAACUGGACGUUUCGAUGUAGCUCUUAGUCUGCCCCGGGUGUUUUUACACCGCGCAUUUAUGUUCGCGUUAACAUAUUAGAACAAAUGCAAAUGAGACAAAUGGAUUCAAGCGGCAGCGUCUAUUAGCCAUAAAAGUCUGUGGACUUUAUGCGCUACUUAGACAAUAUGAUAGUAUCUCCAACGAAGAGGCAACAAUGUCUUGAUUUAAUGUAAUAUUACUAGUGAAAGUAUUAAAGGGUACUUUUGUAUUUCCUCAUAAAUCAGUAUUGAUGGCAGCUGGAGCCAAAGUAGUUUUCUAAUCACCGGGUACAGUAUUCUGAAGUUGUAAUGUCUUUGGCAGUGGGUUUAGUUACACCUUGAACUUGUGUUAAUGGGGCAGCAGCUGCCAUCAUCAGAAUUGGCCCGCCAGUCAGUUCUGCUGUGAUUCAGAUCUGACCCAUGACUGAGUACUACGAGGAGGGGGGGCUGCUGUACGAGCAAUCACCUCCCAUGCACAUCAAAGUGGAGUCUCCGGAGGGACCCUUUGGAGGGGGGGGCUCAGAAAACGGCUUUGCCAGGGAGGAUGAAGACUCGGAUGGUAGCUGCGACCAGCAGAGCAGCGGAUUACCCGGGGGACUCCCCUUCAACGUGGUGGUGGUGCAUCCCAACAUCAUGACAGCCGGCAUGUCCUCAGAUGAACUCUUGUCCAUUGAACAAAACAGAGCUAUGUCAGCUGCGCUGGCUGCUGGCGGUGCGGGAAAAAGAAAGAGUCGUUUCAGUGGAGCCGAGCUGGAGGUGUUAGUGUCAGAGGUCACUCGGUGUGAAGGAGAACUUUUUGGGCCCGCGGGGAGGCUUCGGCGGCGAGAGCGAGAGCGCAUCUGGGCAGGAAUCCUAGAGAGAGUCAAUGCCGUGUCCAGAGUUCCGCGCACCCUUCGUGAGGUCAAAAAGCGCUGGGACGACUUGAAGAGACGCAACGGAGGCAGGCUAGCGGAUGCUCGCCACCGCAGCUGUUACCUGCCAUCCAGCAGAGGAGCCUCGAUGCUUGGCCGUCCUUCCCAGACUAGUCCAAGACUUUCACAAAGCAGGCAUAAGCAAAGCACCAGACCAAAGCCCAGUUUCCCAUGCUUCCCCGACUCUGAUACAGGUAUGGGAGUGGAAGGAUCAGAGAGAGAUGGUUUAGAAAAAGAUGAGGACAAUCCUGAGCAAGACAGAGAGAUGGGAGAAUCCGAGUGUGAGCCAGGCGAGAACAGCAUGGAAGAUAAAUUGGGUUUAGGACUGGGUCUGGGCAUAGUACCACCCCCUCCAUCAGAACGAUGGCUGCCUCCUUCGCCCCUCUACAGUGCCCCUUUUCUCAAUGGCAGCCCCCAGCCCAGCAGUCCUCAACCUUCACUUGGAGCACACCAGGCUCCUCUUGAAGCCCCUCCACGUAGCUCCUGGCUUGAAGAUGAACUACGAGGGUUGGGGGAAGCAGCAAUUCAACUGGGAAACCGGGUAGAAAAAAGUCUGCAGGAGUUUGGGGACGGUUUCAGGCAGGACAUGACAACGCUUGUUGCUUCGCAAGAGGCAUUAGCAUCCAGUCUACAACAAAAUAAUGUUCUCUUGCAAAGGCUAUUAGGCGUGCUCGAGGCCCAGCAACAACCCCAGCAAUAUUGUGUACAACAACCACACCGAUCACAAACGUCUCAACAGCACUUACAGCCACAGGCAGCUCAGCAGCAGCUGCAACACACAGAAGCACUGCAACAGCAACAGAGGAUUGAAGCACCCCUGCAAACACAACUAAAACAUCAGCCUCAUGUAGUACAGCAGCAGCAGCCACAGGUCAGCCUGCAUUCAAAUAAUCAGUCAGCUGCAGCGGUGGUUCCUGCACCGUCGUCCCCUGAAAUACAUGGCACUUGUCCCACUGAACCCCCAACCAACACAAAUGGAAGUGUUCAGAGGCCUCGGCGAGGAAGAGCUGUUGAUCACCGGCGCAGAAGGCGGCGCUGAGAAUAAAGGACUUAGAAACUUACGCGUGAUGCAUAUUGGGUGUUUCAAAAUGUGAUGAGAAAUUCUUAUCAGCAUUUCUAUAAAAAUGUUAUUUGGAGUUUUACUCAGCUCGUAUCAGAACACUUUAGUUUGUCUCAAUAGACAAAUUAUGUGGAAAAGUAAAUGAAACGCGGGAUAAUAGGGUGGCCUUAACGUGAGCUGGGUUCCUCAGAUUUCCUCAAAUUUCCUGCCUUGUGGAGUCAGUGACAACUUCACUCAUAAGACCUUAAAAACACAGACAACAACAUAUUGUAGGUGCUGGUUUUAAAAUACAUUUCACUGUACAUGCCAUUCAGACGAACUGCAAAGCUCAUGAUGCUUAUACUAGUUCAGUAUGUCUUAUUGCUCCUGAUUAACUUAACUACAUUGUCAAAGGACUAAUCAUCUGCAGUUGUUACCAUAUAUGGUAGUUAAACAGCUAUUGUACUUAAAUGCUAAUGUAUGCUUGUGCUUUUUAACAAUUUUAUGAAAGUCUCACUGCUUUGGUUCGAUAACAAAGUUAAGACUGUUUUCGGUUCCAUGUGCUUUAAAGCAACUGCUACAUUUUAAAGUCUUGCCAGUUCUUGAUGAAAAACAGUAAAACCUUCUGGCAUAAACAUCAAAGUAUGCAUCCGACUUUUGAUUCACAUGUUUAUGAAAUUUAAAAGCAUACAUGAGUAUGUAGGGGCUAUUUAUUCUAAUAUUGCAUGCAGUAUGAUGAAUGUGUUUGUAGAUAGUUGCAAAGAAACAGCGUUUGGCCAUCAUCUACGUAGUUUUGCACAAUCUAUAUUUUGUAGAUAUCGACUGUUCCGAUGAAAUGUAACCACACUUUAAUAAAAGUCAGACAUGGGCUGCAAAAUAAAUUCAUCUAAUGACUUG